AUGUUAUCUGAUCCAUUAGUUUAUUUGGAUAUUUCUAUCGAUAAUGAAAAAAUAGGUAGAAUUGUUUGUAAGUUAUACGCAAAGAAGGCACCAAAAGCUGCAGCAAACUUCUAUAGCCUUUGCAAGGGUGACGUCUCAAUUCAGUCUCAUAAGCCUUUAACUUAUAAGGACAAUUAUUUCCAUCGAGUAAUUAAGAAUUUUAUGAUUCAAUGUGGUGAUAUUGAGUUUGGAAAAGAUGAAUACAAAAAGAGCGACCAAAUUGGUACUGGUGGUUGCUCAAUUUAUGCCACUGAGAAAGAAAUAGAAUCAGCCGCUGAUGGGGACUUAGCUUGCUUUGGUAAUUUCGAGGAUGAAAAUUUAGAGGAAUUUCCUGAACCAUUCAUGUUAGCUAUGGCUAAUACUGGAACUCCAAAUUCAAAUAGUUCUCAAUUUUUUAUCACGACCUAUCCAUCUCCGCAUCUAAAUGGUAAGCAUUCGUUAUUUGGUGAAGUUAUUGAUGGGAAAUAUGUCGUGCGUACGAUAGAAAAUUCAAGAGUAGAUAAAGAUGGUUUCCCAGAAAAAUGUAUCAGAAUUGAUGACUGUGGUGAAUGGAAUAGUGAAAUGGGAGUUCCACUGUAUAAUGCUUGUAAUGAUAAAAUCGGUGGUGAUGUAUACGAGGAAAAUCCAGAAGAUGAUAAACAUUUUGAAUCUGAUGAUUUCUCAAGAGUGUAUGAAGCUGCAAAUACUAUUAAGGAAUCAGGCACUUUGUUAUUUAAGAAGAAAGACUUUCAAAAUGCCUUUUUUAAAUAUAAGAAAUCAUUACGUUAUAUAACUGAGUAUAUUCCAGAUAUGGAAAUGGAUAAAGAGAAUAACAUAAAAUAUACUAAUUUAAAAAUCAAAUUAUAUCUCAAUAUGUGUUUGAUGAUGUUCGAUAUGCAAAAGUACGAAGAAGCGAUACAGUACGCUACUUAUAUUAUUGAAAUGGAAAAUGUUCCAAAAUUAGACGUUGCUAAAGCAUAUUAUAGAAGUGGAAAUUGUUAUUUAGCAAAAAAAAGGCUAGAAGAUGCACUUAAGGAUUACAAUCUCUGCAAAGAAAAUAAUCCGAAUGAUAAGGUAGUUGAUCAAAAAAUUGAACAUGUGGAAAAUCUAAUUCAGCAAAAAAAAGAAAAAACAAGAAAAAAUAUAUCAAAAUUUUUUCCUAGCAACCUCUAUGUAUCUUUAAAUAUUUACUUGUGUAUUUUAUUCUAA